UCUGGUCUUCUUAAACCCUUGCAAAGAGUAGAUACGGUGAACAACUUGCUCAGGUGAAGAACUGUUCCAUAACGGGCCAAACGAUCGGAUGAUACGGUUCGUUCUCGCGCCAAUUUAGAAGCUUAUUUUAGAACGGCCGAAGUGAAAUCACUGGACUACAUAUUGACGGAGUUACCGACCAAGAAAUGGAGCACCGGAUGAGAUGGAUCAGCUGGUGGAUGGUUAUAAGUUGGACACUUGUAGGAUCUGUUUGGUCUCAGGAGCCAGCACACAAUGAUUUGGACAAAGGACAAAGUCAAGAGCCCAAGCUGGUCUGCUACUACUCCAACUGGGCAGUGUACCGACCAGGAUUGGCCAAGUUUACUCCUGAGAAUAUUAAUCCAUAUCUGUGCACCCACAUCAUAUAUGCCUUCGCCUCCCUUUCAGAGGAGUUCGAAAUUCAACCUUUCGAUCCAUACAAUGACAUGGAGCAAGGUAAUUAUAGGAGUUUUGUGAGCUUGAAGGCAUACAAUCCCAACCUGAAGACUAUGAUCGCCGUUGGAGGAUGGAACGAAGGAUCCAAGAGGUUUUCAAGGCUGGUCGAAUCUGCUGACAAUAGACGCACCUUUAUUCUGAGUGUCAUGGCCUUCUUGCGGGAAUACGGAUUCGACGGUGUCGACCUCGAUUGGGAGUACCCGGCCUUCAGAGAAGGGGGCAACCACACCACAGACAAGAAGGGGUACGCCCUACUCGUCAAGGAAUUGAGACAAGCAAUCGACGACGAACGAUUUCCUCCCGAGAAAGAACGAUUGCUUUUGUCGGUUGCAGUCCCAGCAACCAAGGAAUAUAUUGAUCAAGGUUUUGACGUUCCUGAAAUAUCGAGAAACGCUCAUUUCCUGAAUCUCUUGACAUACGAUUACCAUUCCGCUUACGAACCAGAAACUCACCACCAUGCUCCUUUGUAUCCUCCGGAAGGACUGAAUCCUCUGGAUCAAAGAAAUCAGUUGAAUGUGGCCUGGACUGUAGAAUACUAUCUAUCAUUGGGUGCUCCAAGGCAUAAGCUGGUGGUUGGAAUCCCCAUGUACGGACGCUCGUACACCCUGUCCAGCCCACAACUGGCCACUGGAUACGAGGCCCCUGCAAAAUCUCCCGGAGAAGAAGGGACUGCUACCAGAGAAAAAGGAUACCUCGCAUUUUAUGAAAUCUGUCAGAAAGUGAAAGAGGACGACUGGGAAGUCGAAGCUCCUAAUCCUCAUUUGCUCGGACCAUACGCUUAUAAAAAUGACCAGUGGGUUGGAUUUGAUGAUGAAGAAAUGGUCUUUAAUAAGGCUCGUUUUAUUAUGGAGAAAGGUCUUGGUGGCGCCAUGGUAUGGACUCUGGACAAUGAUGACUUCCGAGGAUUGUGCACCGGGGUCCAAAGUCCUCUAGUGAACACCUUGAGGGAUGUCCUGCUCAAUACAAACCUCAUCGAGGGUAGUUCUAGUCAAAGAUCAAUUGCUCGUUCCGCUGGACCCCAACCACGAUCAUCCGUAGUGAGGUUUGAUGACGAUGCCGUGGGUGAGGAGAGUACUGAGGCACCUAGGAGGAGAAAUACCCUCAGACGAUUGGUGCAAAAUAGGCAGUCUGAAAGAAACAGGCAAACAGCAUCUCGUCGAUUAAUAACAGAUAGCGACGAAAACAACGUUGCUGCUCCUGCUCCCAUCACUACCCCAGCACCACCUCCCACCCCAGAUCCUGGUGUUGCUUUCGAAUGCGAAGACGAGGGUUUUUUCAACAAUCCUCGGGAUUGCAGAAAAUAUUUUUGGUGUCUUGACAGUGGCCCUGCUAAUCUGGGCGUAGUUGCUCAUGCUUUCACUUGCCCAUCAGGUCUUCACUUCAAUUCUGGAAGUGAAUCGUGUGACUACCCUGAAAAUGUUGUAUGCCCAGUAGGAUCUAUUGGUGCAUCACCUGCUAAACCUAAACCUACUCCGAGAACAGCUCGACCCAGGGUAACAACCACCACCACAACAACUACUACAACGACAACAACAGAAGCUCCAAUAACAACAACUGAAGAGCCAGAAGAGGACGAAGAGGAUGCAACACAGGCGACACCUAAUGGCAGCGAAAACAUAGCAGAACUCCUGCGUCUCCUGCAGGCCAUCGGUGGGGUGGAGCGUCUCCAGAGCAUACUCGGGGCACAAGAUCAGGCUUCCAGUAUCAGAAAUCACAACACAGCGAUACCAACUCUGCCACAAUACGUCACACCGAAACGGUCUACUGAAGAUGAGUUUGUGCGCACAACUACCACAACACCACAACCCACCGUACAACCGAAACGUCCUCAAUACCAACCGGACUUGUUCCUGGAUCCAUAUGACGUCGGCGUGCCGGAAGAUGUCGUCUCACCAGUAGAUGAUGACGUCAUUGAUGAUUUUCCAUUUCAGUACAACACUCCUCCACGAGUGGCAAGUGUUCAACCAGAAGUUGUCUAUCUCAAAGAUGACAAAGAUGCCGCCAAAGUGCCCCCAGAAGUUUUGUCUUACGAAGUCCCAUUGCGACCAGAGACAACCACUAGUACCACAACCCCCACCCCCAGAGGAAACUACCGCACUCCUAUAAGAGUGCAGGUGGGUCGAGUGGUUCGGGUGCAAAACGGAGCAGCACCAGCCAAUACAGGUGCUACUUUUGGCGACACUAACCGUCGACGAAUGUUGGUCCGCGUGCGUCCCAUUAACCGCACGACGGACGCGGAUGUCCAUCCGACAGCAGACGAGCCAACGAACGAAGUCACCGGCAGAGCAGUGAGUAGGGAUGAACGUCGACUGUCGGGAUCCACAAUUCUCGCCACGAGAGCUAACCCAUUACCUGCCAAUGGAAACGGCGAAGCAAGGGUGGCCGUUCGAAGGCGACCCGUCUACAAUGGCGACAGAAUCCCCGAGGAACAACAUCUAGGACAAGGUGUCCGUCUCGUGGCUCGUCGUCCCAAUGCUAUCCCCGAAAAUGACCGAGGAAAUUACGUCACCGUACGAAGGCGUCUGACAUCUCCCGAGACAACCACUCCUAUUCCGACCACUCCUGCGCCAACAACAACUACAACUACUGCUCCUGCUGAGCCAGAGCCGCAACCCAGCAACUCCUCAGACCACACCGAAGAAUAUGACGAAUACGAAUAUUACGAAGAAUAUGAAGAUGAAACAACGACGCCUGAACCCAAAACGACAACAACUACCACUACCACUACAACUACUACAACAAAGAGGCCGGGAUUAAGGCCGGGCGGUGGUAGAAGAAGAUUUACACCAGCGGCGGCAUCGCAAUCAGCGAAACCCACAUCCACAAAAGCACCUACCACCACAUCUUCUAGUUCAAGAAGUUCCAGUCGCAGGGGAUCUGCUCCUUCAUCCGCUGCUCCUGCAGCGACCACAAGCCGACCUGCACCUCCUCCCUCUGAAGAUGGCCCACCAGUGGUGGUUCGUUCAGACAGCGACAUCGACUGCUUCAAGCGUGGGGUCUUCAUCCAUCCCGCGGAAUGCAGCAAGUUCAUAGUUUGCGCCCCAGCCUCCAGGAAUGCUGGUCAGUCCUUGAAAGGCAGGGUCCUCAACUGUCCAGCCAACCAGAUCUAUCUCGUGGAUACCGGACGGUGCAUGAAAGGAGACCGUACAAAGUGCCAGAAGCUAUAAAGUGAUGAACAAACUCGUCAAAAUGUUUAUUUGUAAUUAAAGAGACUCUGACUGAGAUAUAUAUCUGAACUGUGUGAGCUGCCACGUGGGUGUUGCUAGGCCCUGACAUUCGUUGCCAAAAGAAGCUGAUGACGUCAUUGCAGAGUUUUAUUGGUUUCCGAAGAAUGACUGUUUUAACUUGGUUUCAAUUACUUAUUUCUGUUUUAUUCUGUGAGACUAUUGAUAUUGGGUAUUUAAUGAAUAGCGCCAAUUGUCCUUUUCUGUUUUGAAUGAACUACAAAUUGUUAUAUCACUGAGAAAAUAAUGGGCAAGAGGAAGGAGUAUCUGCAUCUUUCAUGUGUUUGUUUUUUUUACUUUGUUUUGGUGAAUGUUAAAUAGUUUAAGGCUAAUUAACUUAAUUCUUUCAAAAUCAUAGAGUCGGGUUAACACCGAAAUUAAUUUUUAUUAAGUGAAAUUUUAUCCUAAUGAAUUCUCAUCCAAUUUUUUAAACAAAAAUGCUUGUUUGUAUAUUUUAUAAAAAAAUUUAUAUAUAUGUCCACACAAAUUAUCUGGUGUUUGGUUAAUUUAAUUUAAUAGUAAUAUUUUCCAUGAAAUUUUUGCAUGAUAUCAAAUACUUAUUUUGAUUCAAUAUAUACUUCUAUAAUAAAAGUAGUACAAAAAUAUAUCAAUGAGCAAACAGAGUAAAUAUAGUAGUAAAUAUAAUACAAUCUAUAAAUUUUUUUUCAUAUCUUUAUUAUAUUUCUGAUUAUCGUUGUUCCCAUCAUACUUUUUAACCAUAUAAAAAAAUAAUGAAUAUGGAAAAUAUAAUGAAAUGUAUUAUUCUAUUCAGUUUCAUCAUAUCUAGGCAUACACUCAACAAAUGUAACAAAAUAAUUUCAAACAUAUUGUUGAUUUCAGAUACAUAAGCAGAUUACUUCACGUCUGCUUAUGUUUCUAAUAAACAGAUAGGGUAAAGUAUCAUAAGUAAAUAUUAGCAGAUUACUUCACGUCUGCUUAUGUUUCUAAUAAACAGAUAGGGUAAAGUAUCAUAAGUAAAUAUUAGCAGAUUACUUCACGUCUGCUUAUGUUUCUAAUAAACAGAUAGGGUAAAGUAUCAUAAGUAAAUAUUAGCAGAUUACUUCACGUCUGCUUAUGUUUCUAAUAAACAGAUAGGGUAAAGUAUCAUAAGUAAAUAUUAGCAGAUUACUUCACGUCUCUGAUUAGAUUUAACAGAAAAUUUCAUUAAUGUUUAUGCUACAUUCCACUUAUUGAAUUAUAUAUUCCAGAAUAAUAUUUUCAUAAGUGUAGUUGAAGACACAGCAAAUCAUGCUUCUGAAAGUGGCAAGAUUGAUCUCUUGCGACCAACUAUAUAUUUGUAAAAGAGAUAUUUUAUAAUCGCAAAAGAUCAUGUGAAAUACAUAGUCAUAUACGUUUAACAUGCUUUAUACUUUUAAUGAGAUUGCAUAUCACAUUUUUAAUUUUAAAAGGGAAACAGCCUCCACUUGGUAGGUAAUAUUCUAAGCCCAUAGAAUGGCAAUCAUUAUCUAUUACUUUCUACCAUUUUCUUACCUGUUAUGAGAAAAUGCUUUGGAGUACAUUUACCUUUUAAGAGAAAUCGAGCCGAACAUAUUUAUUAUUGCCACGGUUAUAUUCACACAAAUGAUGUUAAGUCAUCUGGAUGUAAAUGUGUUUUAUUCAUUUUGUAAAAUAAAGUUUUAUGUUGCUGGUA